AUGAUGACCGGGCCACCGGAGUCGCAUGGCGCCUUGAAGGAGAAGGACUUGCUCCAUGAGUGGUACCCCGAAAUGUUCGUGAUCUUUGUCUCACAUCAGUGGCUGAGCUCUGUGCAUCCCGACCCUUCAGGGCAUCAGGUCCAAGUUCUGCAGCAAGCGCUCCGCGGCAUCAUCGAUGGCACUAUGCAGGUGCACGAGUCGCUCAUCGCUCGGUCGGAUGAUAAGAACCUCUCGGCCAAGACCCGGGAGUGCAUCGCCGACGGCUUCAUCUUCUUCGAUUGGUUCGCGAUACCCCAGAUCACAGCCAGGAAGCACGGGGUGAAUGAAGAGACCACGAAGAGCGAUGCCGCCCUGGCCGUUCAAAGCAUCCCGGCCUACGUGGAGCUGUCGAACCUCUUCAUCGCCUUGGUACCGGAGCUGACGCACAAAGAUUCGUCGGAGCCGGUGAAUUACUCGUCCUGGCUAUCGCGAGGGUGGUGUCGCGCAGAGCUGUGGUGUCGGCUGCUGUCAAACAAGUUCGACACCUCCGUCGUCGUUGUUUACACGCCGACAGAGGCUGAGUUUAUGUUUCCGCUCGAUUGGCAGCACAAUAGCAUCGUGGAGGGCAACUUCACAGUGGAAGCCGAUCGGGCGGAGGUCGUUCGCCUGGGGCAGAUCGUCGUGGAAAGCAAAAUCCGACACUUGCAGCAGUUUGGUCCCCUGAGCCAUUACCGCUUCUACCUGGCCCUUCGCCCGAAGCUCCUGCAACAGGAACGGUCGGAGCGAAAUCCGGAGAGCUUCCUGCGACAGUUUCGUUACGACAGCCUGGAGACGGCGGCGCGAGACAGCAGCGGAAUGAACGCGGUGAUGUGCGCCACGCUCUCCGGCGACAGGGCCGUGCUGCGACUGCUGGCCGAGCACAGAGCGAGCAUGAACCAUAGCCUCAAAGACAUGAGCGACUUGGGAUACUACGACACCCAGACGCCCCUCAUGGCAGCGGCGAAGUCUCAACAGGAUGCUUCUGUCCUGGCGACGCUGAUUCAGCUCCGUGCAGACGUCAAUGCCCGUGCCAGGACGGGCCUCGUGGCCAUGUCUUUCUGCCGGACCCCUGAGCAAGUGAAAGUGAUGGUGGAACAUCGCGCUGACAUGCCUCCCUCCUCUCUGUCCGGGAUUGCAUCUUUUGGCGGCCCCGAGACUAUGAAAGUACUCCUGUCCUGCCGAUGCGACAUCAACCAGACGGAGGAAAACAGGUAUGGCCCCUUGCACGCGACGACUCUGUUUUCACGUGGCAACUGCAGAGCCGUUGAGACAGCAAAGUUUUUGCUGGCACAGCAUGCUGACGUCAAUGCCCGCACGGUGCUCUCCGGAUCCCUUGCAUUGUGGUGCCGCGCGGCAAGGGCCAAACUCGCCGUGGUAGGCUUCGAGAACU